AUUUUUGCAUUGCAAUUUAAUUAUAUUUUGCAAGUAAUUUGCUGAGACGCGCAGCAAAAUGGAGGGCGCAAUAGCGCAUGAUCUUGCAAAUGGUGAACAGCGCACCAGCGAUGUAGCUGCCGGCUCAGUCUCCUUCGAAGAGCUCCAAUUAAAGCAUAGCAUUUUAAAAUGUCUCCAGCUGCACAAAUUUGUGACACCAACUAAAAUACAAGCAGCUGCAAUUCCAAUGGCGCUGGCUGGCAUGGAUCUGCUGGUGCAGUCCAAAAGUGGAACGGGCAAAACGUUGAUUUAUGUGCUUGCCGCAAUGGAGUUGAUGGAUAGGUCGGUCGCCAAGCCGCAAGCUUUGAUUAUUGUGCCCACACGCGAACUUGCCAUUCAGGUGGAGGACACUGUAAACGGCUUGGCCUCGAAAAUGCGCAACACAAGCGAAUAUUUGUGCGUUAGUUUCAUUGGCGGCACAGAUGUGAAAAGAGAUCGCCUACGCAUGGCCAAGGGACGCAUUCUGGUCGGUACACCUGGACGUCUGCUGCACCUCAUGCACAACAAUGUGUUCAACAUCUCGGGCCUCAAGCUGCUAGUGCUGGACGAAGCCGAUCAGCUGUUUGCCACGGACACCCUGCAAAAGGAUGUACAGUCGCUGAUUUCAUCGCUGCAGUCCCGUAAACAGAUUAUUGCCUGCAGCGCCACAUAUCCAAAUGCGCUGGACGAGCGCCUGGCUCAGCUGAUGCACAAACCAGUGCUGGUGUCUAACAGUGAGCGUGCCACAGUGCUGCUGGGCAUUCGUCAAUUUGUCUAUGAGCUGCAGGAGCAGCCGAACAGCAUGCUGGAGAUGCUUGACAAGUUGACUGCCUUGCACAAGAUUUUUGCUCAGUUGCCCUAUGAGCAGGGCAUACUCUUUGCCAGUUCGCAGAGUCGUGCCGAUUCAUUUCGCAACUAUUUGCGACGCGAUGGCAUCGAAUGCGAUUUGAUGUCGGGCGCCAUGAAGCAAAGCGAACGCCUAGAGACCUUUCAGGCCUAUCGAAACUUCAAAAUGCGCACCAUGGUUGCCACAGAUUUGUUGGCACGCGGCGUGGACUUUUCGCAUGCUAAUUUGGUUAUUAAUUUGGAUCCGCCCAAUGACCUUGUUACUUAUUUGCAUCGCAUUGGACGCGCUGGUCGCUUUGGCUCCAAGGGCAUUGCCAUUACAUUUAUUUCCUCGCCGCAACAGUGCCAACAUUUCAGACGUAUCAUUUCUGAAGCUGGCACGGGCAUGUCAGUGCUGCGAUUUCCUCUGGAGAAACGUGAUGCCUUCAACUUUUGGAACUACGACGACUAUGAUUUCCCCUAUUUCCAAAAAACACUGGCGCGGGAACAAGAGGAGAACGAAUUAAAGCGCAUCAAGCAGCGGUGGAAGGCACAAGGAACUGAUGAGCAGCUGCAGCACACAGUCUCAAUUAUCAACGAGCACAAACCUGCACAGCAUUUGGAUAUAAAUGUCAACUUAGUUGAGCAGGAGCUAAAGCAAAACGAUGAACUAGAGGUGGUGCAGCCAAAAGCCUUUGAUGAAAUACAGUUCGUCUCUCAGAUAGGAAGUGUGCCAGAAAAUACUCUAAAAGAUGCCAAACAUGGAUUUAAACCACAAUUGGCUCUUGAUGUAGUGCUGAAUGUAGACAAUAUUAUAGAAACUCAAAACGAGUCCUUAUUGGCGACUGAACAAAUUACUGUGAAUAAUAAGGAUUCUUAUAAUGAACAUCUGUCACCGAAACAAAUAUCCAACAAAUCCAAAAAUGCGCUUGAUUUUAAAACCAAAAAACUCGAUGGACCGCAAGCGUUGCAUGAAAUUUCUAUAGAACUCAAAGAUCUGACACUUUCUAAUGAAAUACCUGCAGCAGCUCCAAAUUCGAUAAAUACUAAAACCUAUUGCCUGGUUGCGCCUCCUACGGAGGGUAGCUCAACCACACUGCAUCCACUGGCCAUUUCGAACACUGUGGAUGAUGCCAGUAGCAUAAUAUCGGACAGCAUGGAGAAUGAUUAUGAUAGUGAUGCCUCCUAUAGCAGUUGCUAUUCUGAGAGCGAUGCGCAGCUCAUCUGGCACUGUGCAUUGUCACACCGAAAACUGCAAAAGCGGCACAAUUCCCGACGUCAUAUGUGCAUCUUCCAUUGGCGUCAUUGCAGCCUAAUUCGAGCCACAACCCAAAAGCCAAGGAAAAAUUUGAUUCGAGCCACAAACGAAAAGCAGCCAAAGAAAUCUCUUAAUGGGCAAAAGGAAGAAAAUCUGUGGCUUGAACUUGGAGAAGACAAUCAGAAGCAGCGAAAUCUCGAAAUAAAUAGUCUCAUUCGAUCGAUCUCUAAGAAAACGGAAUUCUUGCGUCUGCUUAAAAAGUUUAACAACGUUCCACAAAUUCAAGAACGUCUGAAGGCCCAUUUUAAACAAUCUAACUUCGAUAUGCAGCAGUAUGAUCAGUGGAUUGAUCUGCUGUAUGAUGCAAUGCAGCGCUUGUACUAUGGAGAUCAUAGCAAGCCAAAGAAGUUGCCCAAAUUAGCCGUGCCACGAAUAUCCAACCUAGGCAAAAAGCUAAUACAAUUCAUAAAGGGUCCUACAAGUUCAGAUCAGCAUGAUGAUGAUGAUGGAAAUGAGGAGCCUCAGCAGCCUUUGAACAAGUUGAGUGUCCAUGUGAUUCAGCAGAUGAAUAUAUUACCAGCAAAUGCUGCAAAUAAUAAUGCUGAGGACGCCUACUCCAUAAAUUCAGAAUCCUCAUUUGAUAGUGAUAGCAUGGAUGCCAAUAGUUUGGAACUUGAGUAUUCAUCGAGCGGUUUUGUUGAGUCAGAUGAGAGCGCAUCUUCUGGAAUUGAUGAAUCCCAAUAUGACAGUAAUUCCUCAAGAGCAUUCGACUCGGACGAUUUCUAUGAGGAAGAGGAAGAUGAAGAGGAUAAUGAUGAUGAUGAUGAUGAGGAUGAGGAUGGGGAGAAUAUCGAACGGCAGAGCAUUGAAAGCGAGACGGACACGAGUUCCAUAAGCACACUUUCCGCGGAGAAAAUUGAUGACAGUGAUGAAACUGAAAGUGAAUCCGAAACCGAAGUGCAGGCAAUUGAUGAAAAUGGUGUGUAUGAUGCCCGCGCAGAGCUGGCAUUGGCUCAGACGCGCUGGCAGUAUUUGUUCCACAUGCAGUAUCAAUUUAUUGCCAACUAUGUGGACAAUUAUAUGGCAACCUAUCGACGCCAUCAUUAAAUACACUUAUCUUUGAGCGCUAUGAAGGCGCGAUUCCUAGUCUCUAAAGUCUGACAACUAUAGGAAACUCAGGCAUUACAUUUUUAUUUCGAAAUGGAAAACUAAGGAACAAGUUCCCAAAAAUGAAGCUGCAUCAGCUAUAUACUAUAUAUAACUUAGUUAUUAAUUAAGGUACAAAUCAGAAGAAAACAUAUUCUAAAGAAUUAUAUGAAAAACUUUACGUA